AUGAUCAUUGCAAUCAUUCUCCGCGCUGUUCAGUUCAUCUUCGCAGUCGUCGUCCUCGGCCUCUCCGUUGCCCUGGUCAAAGACCAAGAUAUCGGCAGCUCCCCAGCCACAAUCAACUACAACGCCUUCUGCGGCGGCUUCGGCAUGCUCGUCGCCAUCCUCGGCAUCUCCGCCAUCUGGGUCGAAGCUCUAGGUGGCCUCGUCAUGGCCGCCGUCGACGGACUCGCAAGUAUCUUUUUCCUCGCCGGAGCCCUGGCCGUCGUCAUCACCCUCCGCGGCAUCUCCUGCACCGCCAAAACCGACUCCAACUGGAACAAGAUGCUCGACAGCGCGCUGCUGAACGGCGGCUGUGUGCAUGUUAGAGGUGCGGGCACUCUCUGCGGCGCGGAUUUUGGGCAGGCGAGCCAGCGCUGCAAGAAGAAUGAGGCGGAUGCCGCGUUUGAGUUUAUGAGCUUUGCAUUGUGUGCGGGUUGUGCGGUGCUGAGUGUCUUGGCGAUGAAGCGGGGGAGUGGGACGAAGGGUGCGCUGGUUUAG